GUCUAUUAUAAAGUGUUUUCUAACUAUUUAUUUGCCUUCCGAAAAAAAAAUCGUACACUAAAGUUUACAGUCAAUAAAACUAGUAAGGACGACUACUUGUCAUAAACAAAGAUUAAAAAUAUAUAGAUCAUAGUAGCUAUAUUUGUAACUAUGACAUCUUUUAUCAAAUUAUUAAUUCUACAAACAAUUCUAUCAAUUAUUGUUUCUUGUCAAAAUGGCCGUCAAAUGUAUCAUGGUAAUAAUUAUUUACGUUAUCAUGGGAUAAUUCAACCAACUCAACCAAGUCAUGUACGUCGAUGGAUUGUUCUACUUGGACGUAAAGUAGUAUUAAAUUGUUCAGUGAAUUUACCACCAGAGGUGAAUCCAAGUCAAGUACAAUAUAGAUGGGAACAUCCUGAAGGUAAUAUAUUAGGAUACAGUAAACUGUAUGUUAUACCUAAUGUAACGAUGAAUGAUGCUGGUGUUUAUACAUGCCAUAGUUCAGCUUAUGUUGGAUUUGGUGGUGAACAAUGGGUUGAUCAACAUCGUCUUUAUCUGGAAGUUCAAGAUGAUAUUUCAAUGGCUGGUGGUGACAGAAACUCUGAACCUACAAUUGUACUGAAUCCCGGAGAUCCUGGACCAUUAGAUGUGAAUUUUGGAGAAUUGCUUUAUUCUCGUUGUUCAGUAAUUGAUAGUAAUCAAUAUUCAUACAGAUGGAUACAACGUGCACCUGAUGGGACUAUAAAAGAAAUAUCUUCUGAUGCUAGACUUUAUAUAACGAAUUUUGGACCGGAACAUUUACAGUAUCCAUUACGAUGUGAAGUUACGCGAUUAUCAGAUGAUGAAACUUUUGAGAAAGUUUUAAAUCUUCGACUAGCAUCAUCAGGUGAACUAAGUACUGAUGAUGAAUAUAAAACAUUAAAUUUAACUAUCAAACCAUUACCGAAUGAAGAUUUUCGUCAAGGAACUAUAAUGAGACAAUGUUUAUUUGAAAAUGAUCCUGAAAUCAAUGAAUUAUUUGAUUUUCGUUGGAUUGAUCAAAAUGGUCGUAUUGUAACUAAUGGUGAUACAUUGUAUUUAUUGAUUGAAGAUCCGAGUGAAUUGAGCAAUUAUACAUGUGAAGCAACCAACCGUCAAACAGGUGUAAUUUACCAAGCCAAGUACCGUGUAUCUAUGCUGAACGGUCAACAAGCUAUGCAGCAUAUUGUUAAUAUUCGACCAAUUACUGGUGAAGUCAUCAUUGGCAGACCGUAUGAAAUGGUUUGUGAAGUUGAACCGCAACCGGAAGAGCCAAUCAGUUUUGUAUGGUAUCAUAAUGCCAAAGUUGUGCAUCGUGAAGCAUUAUUACGUUUGAAUUCAUUAUCGUAUCGUGAUAUAGGUAUGUAUAUAUGUCGAGCUGAAUGGACACCAAGAUAUUCACGUACUGCUAUAUCAGCUAAUGCAACAGCUGAAUUAAGUUUGGCAUUGACACGAGAAACAAAAAUUGAAAUGAGUCCUCCGCCUGGUUCAGUUAUGGUUUCUUUACCUGGAGAAACACGUGAACUUCACUGUGAAUUUCCUGUAGCUAAUCCAAGAGAUGUUAGGUGGUAUUUUGAAAAUCAAUUAUUAGAGAAUCAUCCAACUGUGAAUGCUACAGGCAAAAUAUUUCGUAUCGAUCGUUUAAGAGUAAGUAUUGUGACAAUUCGUGGCAUAGAAUAUGAUCAUGGAGGAACAUACGAGUGCAGAAUUGGUCGUGAUAUAAAACAAGCACAUUUAGUUGUUAGAGCUGAAGAAGGAUUGGAAAUCAAUCCAAAAUCGGAUACAGUUGAUGAAGGUGAAGCAGUAGAAUUUCAUUGUCGUGUACAUGGAAUGGAUGGUAACAUUAAUCGUCAAUUAGAAUGGUAUUAUAGACCAUUUUAUAGUUCCACACGUGUACGUCUUGAUGUUGAUACACCUGAUAGUUUUAUGCGUCAUGAUGAUCUAGUUGCUCAACAUACCAGUUUUAUUAGUAAAAGCAGAGCACGUGUUGCUGAUCAAGGUGAAUAUAUUUGUAGACUACCAUCUCAAAAUGAAGAAAUUGUCGGAAAACUUUUUGUUAGAGCCGUAAAAAGUUACAUAUUGACAAUCACACCUCAGAGAUUGACUGUUCGACCAUAUCAACCAGUAGAGUUUGAGUGUUUUGCCGCAUCUGAAGAUGGACAACCGGCUCCAUUUACUCCACGAUUUCGAGUUAUAGAUUCAAGAAUCAGUUUCGAAACUACACGUGUCAGUGAAAACCGUGUAAGAUUUGUGUUGCAACGAGGAUUAGGUCCAGAUCAAAAUGGAACGAUUGUUGAAUGCCUUUCAGAUGAACCAAGUAAACCAACAUCAGCAAUAAUUACAGUUGAAGAUAUCUGUCCGGAUGGUUCACGUCGCUGUCGUUCUGGUCAGUGCCUACCAGCUGGAAGAUUCUGUGAUGGAGUGAGGGAUUGCGAUGAUGGUUCAGAUGAAGAUCCUAAAAUGUGCAAUAUUUGUGAUCCACUUUCAAGAAAAUGUGAAUAUUAUCAAGGAAAAGAAUCGACAGUACCAACAUUUAUGGUACAUUGGACUUGUGAUGGUGAAAAUGAUUGUGGAAAUGGUUUUGAUGAAUCAAAUUGUGAAGCACGAGCUUCAGAACGUUGUCAAGAUCGAAUGUUUAGUUGUAGACGAGAUGGUCGUCAAAUUCCAAUGGCUUUUGUAUGUGACAAGGAUCGAGAUUGUAGUGAUGGUGAAGAUGAAUUAACUUGUGCUCCGCCAAUGAUUGCCGAACCACGUACUACACGUUACUCUGUUCGUAGAGGUGAUACUGUAGUUCUUGUUUGUGAAGUCACAGGCAAUCCUGUGCCCUAUGUGAUAUGGCGCUUCAAUUGGGGAUGUCUUCCUGAGGAACCCAGUCGUUUCAGAAUAAGCAAUGUACCCAGAAACUGUAAUGCACCAAUGCCAACUGUCGUGAGUACCCUGACAAUUUCAAAUGUAAGACCAGGAGAUGAUGGAAUUUAUAACUGUGAAGGUCUUUCAGGAGCUACUCGAGCGUUAUCCAAUGACUUAGUUGUCAUGAUCGGAGGUUAAAUAAUUUAUCAGGUUUCAUGAGAAGUCAAUAACAACUUCCAAUAAAUAAAAAAAACAACAUUGAAUUUAUUUAAAUAAAUCAAUUUUAAAAAAAACAGAGACAUUUUAGAAGUGUUUUCUUUUUAGUUAUUAAUAUUCCUAUUCAGUUUGAAUUUGUUCUAUUCUUUUCCAAAUAUAAUGAAGUAAACAAUUUAAACAAGCAAAUUUUUAAAAUAUUUAUAUACAUAUAUAUAUCAACAGUUAAAACAAACAAACAUUUAGCUAUAUUCAGUAAUAAAAAAAACUUAUUUAUUUUACAUAUUUAUUUAUCAAUUAUUAUAUAAGAAUUAAAUGUUUCAAUCAUAAACAAAACUAUUAAUUCAAAUGAUCAAUUCAAUAUUCAAUAAUAAAGUGCAUUUUUCAAAAAAAUGUUUUAAUGAAUCACAUUUAGUAAUUUUACAUUAUCAGAUAUAAUUAUUUAAUUAUACUGUCAAUUUAUUUUCAUUAUUUAAAGAAAAACGACAAUCAACCAAAGGGAAAUAAUUCAACUUUGUAUUGAAUAUGAAUAAUUUCUAUGGUAAAUUAAUAGAAUUGUUUAAUGUUAAAGAUUUCAAUGAACAAAUGGUAUAUAUUCUUCAAUAUGAUGUUUUUAUUUUAUUUUUCAGCUUAAUAAUGAUACAAAUUGAGUUAUUAAUCUUAAUUAAUUAUAAUGUUAUUUUAGAAAUAUUUACGCUUAAAAAAUAUUUUUUUUUCUUUUUCAUGUUUAAAUAAAAAAUGCUAAUAUUUCUUUGAAUUGAUUAUGUUCUAUGUUGCUUUGGAGAUUUUGUUUCUUAGAAUAACUAAGUAUCCAUGACAAUUCAUACUUAGUAAACGUCUGAAUAUACAUUUUUUAAAAAAAAGAUGAGUGAAAUCUGAACUUCCUGUCAUGAAUGCUUUUUAAACAAUUAAGCAUAAGUUGGUUAAUGGUAACUACUGAGAUUUGUAAAAAAAAGAAAUUUUGCUACAUUUUUGGCAAAAUCUUGUAAUUUGAGCUACAUGGUUUAACACAAGAUCUUCCAUUUUCUUUCUUAUUGGACAUCAUCAUCGGUACCCAGUUAAAGUGAAAAUGAGUCUUUCAGAAUUACAUUAUAAGAGCUGAACUAGUGUUUUUUGAUGGUUAUUUUUGCUGUCUCUGUAUGCUCCGGCAACUUUGUAUAUCUCUAGAUUCUAAUCAACUGUUUUGUUCGAUUGACCUCUAACCAUAUCACUCAGUGACCUUCUUCAUAUGUUUGGAAAAACUGAGUCUAUAUUGAUAUGAUUUUCAGCUACCUAUCGGACUAAAUAUCAUACUUCUCUAUGUUUUCUAAACUUUUUGGAAUUAUCUCGGACCACAUAAAACAUAAAAUCACUGCUUCUGUUUAAUAGGAACUAUUUGAGUAACUAGUGUUAUCCGGUCACUAGGUAAAUGAUAUUAUAAAACGAUGUAAAUUGACAGGUGAAUGAAUGCUUUAAGAAUUAGCUUUCCGAACUAUCAUAUCAUUUUCUUUGUCCAGUGCCUCCAGAUCUUCAAUGGUGAUCUGGUUUAGUUCAGUUCACGAUUUCAAUGAAAGUAAACAAUCUUCACGAUCUCAUAUUCAAAAUUUUCCUUUUUGUUGAUUAAUUACUCUGAGUAGGAGAAUUCAUGAUUUCAGAGAACAAAUUCCCAAGAAAUUUCGACAUAGAAGAGAAAACGGUUUUCGAAGUUCGGUUAAGGGCCAUCUGUUCAGUAUGGAAUAAAGAUAUAUACAGUGUGCUCAUCCAAAAUAUUCAGUACAACUCCUUUCUAUCAAAAUUCGCAGAGGCUAUAGAAAUUAGGAAACAUAAAUAUCCUUUUUGUGUUUAACAGGAGACUGUCUCAAUUCCAACUCCGUAAGUACGAAAAAACCAGUAUUAAUAGGUUAAUUUUAUGUUUCAAAAAAUCAUCAACACUGUUCAGUGGUCCCAAUUUAAUUUUCUGUCUUACCUUUUCGCGUUUUUUAUAAAUCGUUCGUUUUGUUACAUAACUACAUCCCAUUACUACCACUAUAAUUACAUAUUAUAACAGUGUUAAAUGGUUUUAAUUUAAGAUCACAAUUCUACCGAUCACUGAAAAAAUUAAUUCCUAAAGGUUGUACGCUAAUAUUAUCAUCGAACUUGAUUUACUAGCUUAUAUUUGGUAGGAAAGAAUACAUGAAACAUAAUCACCUCAUUGUAUUCUACAAAUAUUAUAGUUUAUACUAUUUUUAAGCUUGUGAAGUGGACAAGUUGUACAAAAUCUUUUUGUAGCUGGAAUUUAAUAGUAUUCGCAUUAGCAGAAAAGAGAGAUCAUGUCCUAGCUAUGACAUUUUUCAGUCUGGUCUAUGCAGUAUCAUCUCAACUUUCAGCUUCUUUUCGGGUCAAGCAGAAAAUUUGACACUCAUUAUGACCAUGAGUUGCCAAUGCCAAAUCCAAAUUCAUUGGUUACGUUGACCCUACCUUUGGAAUAUCAGGCGACUGUGAAAUAAUAAAAUUUACUUACACAAGAUGAUAGACUCAGUGAAAAAUGAACUUAAUCUCCUCUAUAACUCGGAAUCUGGCAUUCCUAAAGCAGUGUUCUUAUUGGUAUGCUAAUGUAAUUUUCAAGACUACCUCGCCUUUGUUUACUCAGGUAUACACAAUUCACUGUACGGAAUUCAAUUUUAUUAUUCGCCUAAUUUCCAUUUUAAUGUGAGACAAAGACAUGAAUUCGUAUGUACACAUCUUUUAAAAAUCGGAUGAACUCCUGACUUUAAAUCCACUAAUUAGCAAGAUCGAUUACGAACAUUCAGGUUUAUCGGCAUUCCAACGAGUGUCGAAAUGAAGUACAUUAAUGUUUUCCAUUACAUCUGAGACAAUUUAUAUGUCAAAAGCUCCGACAAACAGGACAUCAACAACAUUAAACAACCGACAGAAAGUUCGAUGUCCAUAUCUGUCAGUUGGCAGUAAUACCUUCACUACCGAUUGCUGAUGUCGUAUCUGAGUUUGAUGGUUUAAUCGAGUUACCAUUAUGCACAGAAAGUGGAGAAAAAAAGCAAAGUACCAACAAACUAUUUUGAAACCAUUUGAACAUCAAGAUAAGGAGACCACUGCGGUCAAAUUUGGAAAAUUGUAUUGUGUAACAUUCACACAUCAGUUGUCAGAUAUAUUCCUAAAAUAGGAUGGCAAAGAGAAUUGACCUUACUCAUCCGAAAACUUGAAAAUUCGUUGAAAUUCGUUGGAACUGAACAUUUAGACAUGUUAUAGAAAGUUAAAAGUAUAACUGACAUUUACAUCUACGGUACUUUGACAAAUCUCAUCCCUUGCAGUUCAAUCUUAAAUAAUGAUCACUAUAAUCGAUGUCGGUUCAUUUUGCACUCACCCGUUUGUAUAUACCCUAAUUAGGUUAAAUUCAAUCUAAGCACGAUGUCCAACUGAUAACUUGACACCCCACGGACUGAUGAAUAAACUUGACAAAAUACUUCCAAGGCUAUUACAUAAACCGAAACUACUUACCAUCAAAUAUUUUAUUUUCUUUAAACACGCCUACGACACAGUGAAACUAGCUAGAUAAUUGAACAAUACUCUAUUGUAUCCUAUCUUUGAAAUAAUUUCUCUGUUCGGUCCUGAAAGCUAUUGUCUAGUAAGUUUAGCUGACACAGUUGUCAAGAUUCUAAAGAGGUUAUUUGAAAACAACUAUUUAAGCAAUCGGACAAGAUCUUGGUACUCCAAAUAAUAGCAUGUUUUCCGAAUUGGUUGUUCAGGCUUCUAAGUUGUUAUUGGCAAAGAAACAUCCACUGGCAUCCCAGGUCACAGGUUACCGAAAGAUGCAAUCUUCACUCACUUCAGUAACGGUUGUAGUAAAGUUCCAUGUGCCCAACUUCUAUCUGGGUUAGGCAACACGGGUUGGGAGUAAUUUAAUGCUGCAUACAGAUGGAGAUGAUUAACAGAGGCUCCUAGUGUAAUCUUUGCUUAGUCUUCUUUCUUUUAUUCGUAAAUAAUCCCCAAAGUCUUUCGUUUCGCUCAGUCUUGAUAUUUGCGGACUGUAACAAGAUAUAUGACGUUAUACAAACUGAAAGGAACACUAUAGAUUUCUGAAAUGCUACAACAAAUUAUUAGAAUUAUCGAAUACUUGUGUUGAAUUACUUUUUUUGCAAACACACGGUAACCUUGGAAGUGAUAUCAGUCAAAACUCAAAGUUCGCUGCGCAAUCCUAAGUGGAAGCUGUUUUAAAAACUUUGAAAAAAUACAUGGCUUAUUCGAUCACCGGGAUACCAAGACGUCUAUAACUUUGAGUACAACAAUUGUCCACCCACAUUUUGAGUGAGUCAUGCGAACAUCCAUCUCCUUCCCUCAAAAAGACUGUGGUCCGUUAGGAAAGAACUAAAAAUUGGCAAGUGAAUCAAUCUCUAACCUUUUGUAUGAUGAACCAGCUACUAUUAUACAGGAAGACUCCAGAUGGCCCAUUCUCAACUUUCAACCUAAAUAACGGUUAUGAAUUGAUAUUUUUCGUUUGUGUAGCUUUCAGGAACGAAAGAUUUGUACUUUAAGAUGCACAGCAUGCCCUGAAAAUCUGCCAUAACUGGUUAAAUACUCUAUGAAUUGUAUUGAUCGCAACUGACUUCGUGACUUACUUGGUUAGUGUGACUAGGUAACACUUCUCAUGAACCAAGUUUACUGACACACAGUGUCAGUGAGGAGACGUUGAGAAAUAGGAUUUCUGGACUAAUCAUUUGAGAGGACAUUCGAAGAAAGCUCAAAAAUUAAAUCGUUUACGUUUGGAGUUUCGUUUCUCGCACUGAGUAAUGAAUUACUGGAAUUCUCUACCGGAACACGUAAUAUCAGCACCUUCUGUUAAUAUAUUCAAAACGAGAUUGGACCUCCACAGUAUUACAAACUGCAGGGAUUAAUAUAGGUUGAUAGACCUCCUAUCCUUUUUACUCAAAACUGAAGAAGACUGAAGACUGUUUACCUAAACGCAUGACCACCGCUCCUUCAGAAAACACAUUUGUGGACAAGACAUUUUGUGGCCCAUUACCUGACUCCGAUUUGAUCGUAUGUUGAUUGCCAUCGAAAUAUACAUGUCACCAAUUCCGUACAUAUUUAUCGAUUUAACUCGCGUUAGCGAAUAACGAAAUUAAAAUUAUUCAAAUACGAGAAUGGAGUUUUGAAUACGUAUACUUAGUACAAUCGUCGAUCAGAAUAGACGUUCAGAGAGACGAAGAGAAGAAAGCGAAGAGGAGAUGGCAAAGCGAAACGGAUUGAUGCGCGGUGGAGAAGGCGAGUAAGCCAACUUGAUUUAACCGACCAUGAAUUGAUAUUUAUAGUCGAACAAAAAUAAGCUGCAGAUAUGUGAUGUUUAAGAUAAGAAAUUUACAUACAUACGCUUACGUAAAAACGGUUGGGGUUGAUAAGCGAUUAAUUAACAAGAUCAAAGUACGGCUCCAGAAGAAUAAAUAAAUUGGUCUGUCCAAAGGCUAGAAUAAUCUGUGCAGGCUUGACAUAGUACCAGACCCUGCAGGUUAAACAGGGCAUCCUCAUCGUCACAAUUAAAGAAAGCUUUUCAUUCUUUAGACUUCUUUAAAAUGAGUAUGUAGUAUUUAGCUAAACUGUCAAACAAUAUACAGUGCUCUUCUUUCUUCUUCGACUGAGUUGAGGAAAAAUAUUCGUUUCAACUAUGACCAGACUAUGUAUGCAGUCAAUACAACCACUCAUAAUCGGCAAAAGCCUUUCUCUUACCAAAACGUCAGAGGAUUGCAGUAAAUCUCUUGUAUUAGGAAUAAACAACAAGCGAAGAAACACCGACAGGUUUUGUGGUUGAAAUAGUUUAUUAAUUGUUGCUUUACCCUCGUGUAAAAUUUUCACACCCUUUGUUAAACAGAGUACGCACUGUCAAGAACUUCUAGAAAUAAAGCUUGAUGGAUAUUAUUCACUGAGUUGUAUUUUGUUUAUUAAUAUACGUAUAGUUUGCAUUUCGGUAUAUCUUUGUCUGGACACUCCCUAUUCUUGUUAAAAUAGUAGAACAGACCAUCUCGUCGCUUCAGUUUUUUAACAAAUCCCGUAUUUGUCCACUUCUCUGGAUCAGCAUUAUUAUAGUUCUCAAAACAUUCGUAAAUAAUAUAAAACGAAAAAACUUACAAAAUAUUCCACUUCGUCUCUGUAACCUGCCAACUGAAACCUAUAUGCAUUUUCGACUUCAGUAGACCAAUGAGAUGCACGCCGCAUCCCAGUUGGCUUUGUAUUCUCCAUCUGACUUUUUCAACAACGUUGAAUUUACUGUUACUAUGACAACUGUUGUUUAUAUCUCGGUGUUCAGAAACUUUGUGAAAAGUUCAUAUAAACUUAUCGCUAUGCACAUACUCUUAUCUUGGUUUUAAGAAGCGGUCUAGGAUCUCAAGCUAUAAAAGUGAAGGUAUUCUAGCCACUCAACUGUCCUGUUCCAAGUAAAUUGCUCAAAUAUUUGGAAAUAUU